AGACACACACACCCGUACACGGCGACGUACACUAUUCUAAUCCUCAGCAGCUUGAAGGACGCAUACACAAGCACAGAGAGCAGAAAACAACCAAAAACCAGACUGUACCAAGUGGAAAAGAUCUGAACUACACUACAGAUGGGGCCUGGAUUGUUUUGGAACUUCCCUCCCAAGGCUGGCUGCACGGUUCCACAGAGCCUCCUGCAGACCAUGUUGCUGUCCAGGAUGGCGGGGAUGAAGGAGCAGCAGUUCACAGAGGAGAAGCCCCUGCUGCCGGAGCAGCGUGGAGUGGACUCAGACAUGCAGGAUAAAGGAGAGGAGGCAUCGGGGGGGUUACCGUGCCCCGCCAGCCCCGCGCCCCUUAACCAACCCCCUCCCCCCAGCCGCCAAACUCACCGCUGGCAUGUCAUCGCACGGCACUGGCUCCGCCAGACCCGCAGUCGGACCAGCGGGGUCCUCCCGGAAAGUUGUGAACAGCUGAUGCCAAUAGGGGAUUGGAAGGAACAUGAUAUUGAGACCCCUUAUGGGAUGCUGCACGUGGUGAUCCGGGGGGCACCAAAAGGAAACAAGCCUGCAAUCCUCACCUACCACGAUGUGGGACUGAACCACAAGCUGUGCUUCAACACUUUCUUCAAUAAUGAGGACAUGCAGGAGAUCACCAAGCACUUUGUGGUCUGCCAUGUUGAUGCCCCAGGACAGCAGAUUGGAGCAUCACAGCUGCCACAGGGAUACCAGUACCCUACUAUGGACCAGCUGGCUGGGAUGCUGCCCACUGUGGUGCAGCACUUUGGAUUUAAGAGCAUCGUUGGGAUUGGAGUCGGAGCAGGAGCUUACAUUCUGGCCAAGUUUGCUCUGAUCUUCCCAGACCUGGUGGAGGGUUUGGUUCUGCUCAACAUCGAUCCCAACGGCAAAGGCUGGAUUGACUGGGCUGCCACCAAGCUCUCAGGUCUGACCAGCGCUCUGCCAGAUACUGUGCUGCCACAUCUUUUCAGCCAGGAGGAGCUGAUGAACAACACAGAACUGGUGCAGAGCUACAGGCAACAGAUCAACAACACCGUCAACCAGUUCAACCUGCAGCUUUUCUGGAACAUGUACAACGGUCGGAGGGAUCUGGAGAUGAAUCGCAGUGGGACGGUGCUCAACGCCAAGACUCUGAAGUGUCCUGCGAUGCUGGUUGUGGGAGACAAUGCCCCAGCUGAGGAGGGAGUGGUCGAGUGCAACUCUAAAUUGGACCCAACCAACACCACCUUCCUAAAGAUGGCUGACUCUGGUGGACUCCCCCAGCUCACACAGCCUGGGAAGCUGACUGAAGCCUUCAAGUAUUUCCUGCAGGGAAUGGGCUACAUCGCUUAUGUGAAGGAUCGGAGGUUGAGUGGAGGGCCAGUGCCCUCGGCCAGUAUGACCCGCCUGGCUCGCUCAAGGACGGCCUCCCUGACCAGCGCCAGCUCCAUCGAUGGGUCUCGCUCUCGGGCCUGCACCCAUUCUGACAGCACGGAGGGAGUCGGCACGGUCAGCCACACCAUGGAGGUGUCCUGCUGAGGAGUCGGCCAGCCACGGACAGAGGGACGGAGGGGGGUAGAGGGAUGGAGAGAGAAAGAGCAAGACGGAGGGGAUGAUGGCAAAAAAGAGAUGAGGGAGAGGGAGGUAGAGAAGAGGUCUGAUUACCUCUAGAUGGUAGAAUGAGGAGGAAGGAAAGUUCAUGGACAAGGUGAAGGCAGCUCUCUCUGUCUUCAUCAAGCUCCUCCAGAUCCCUUUGUCUGCCAUCUUCCUUCCUCCUACACUGUAAAAUACCAUAUGUGUUGCUACUUAACCCCCAACCACACCUUUGAAUAUCCACCUCAACCCCAGCACUUAAAGAUGUAGGCAACUGUUUUUGUUCUUGCAGUGUCAUUCUUGUGUUUGCUAACUGUCUCCUCAUUCUUUGCCUGCCUGCCUGCCGACCCCGCCCCCCCAACCUCCACCUCUCGGUAAAAAAGGGAGCAACCCUGUCCGUCAACAGUCCAUCUAUGAUAUGAGCUGAAGGUGAAAAUGCAGGAUAUAACAAGAAAAAGAGGCUUUUAGGUGGUCCUAUAAUGAAAACAUUGUAAAGCAUUUUAUGUUAUUGUUGACGCAUGGACACAAUGAGAGAAUCUCUCUCUGUGUUGUUUCUAGGAGAUGCACAUUUCUCUCUAUGAGUGACUGGUGAGUGUCAGAGGGUGUGUCCAGAAUUUGACAGACAACAGAACACAGCCUAUUGUAGCCGAGUCCACCUGUACUGCUUGUAGAGGAUUAUUUGUCAGCUUUUUUAGUCUAAGACCAAAGCUAGAGUACAUCACACUGAUUUAAAGUUGCACUUGGUCCAAUUUAACUAAAUUCUGAUUGGGAAAAAAGAAUAAUAUCAUCAGCAUACAUCCUAUUUAGGCUGCCAAUGGUAAGCACACUGAGACCUAGCCACUACACCAGGGAGCUUAGCUUAGCAAAAAAUGUGUCGCUCCAUCCGUUUAUAUUGCUUUUACCAAGAUAUUCUGUAUGUGAUAUGGCCAAGGAACAACCUUUUGGACUGAUUUCCUGUUGCCGACCCUGCCUGUUUUGGACUUAGCUCUGUUUGAACAGUCUUGAUUUAAAGCAAGAUGACAAUCAGUGAAGUUCAUUUAUUGUUUAGUAUCAAAUAAAAAUUUGAUAAGCAAGAGCUGGAAUUGGACUUGUGAUGCAAGAUUAUCACAAUAAUCAGGACAAUAUAGAUUCUUAAUUCUCUAUCUAGGAAAAGAUAAAUCACAACCAAACUGUAUCUUUGGAGCACUCUUUCCAAGAGAGCUCUGUUCAUUAGGUGUGUGGAACAUGGAAACAUGGAAAUCACAUCAUUCAUGAUCAAAAUUUAAAUCUUCCCCUAUUUCUGCUAUUUGAAGCCACAUUAGUGCAGCUUUAAACUGUGUGUCAUUGCACAUUUCUAAACCAUUCCACUACAUGAAUAGGCUAGGAUAUGUAUUUAUUACAAUGUACUGAGCAUGCAUGUGAAUGUUAAAAUGUAU